AUGCUUUUUCUUGCCAGCAUCUCUAGGGAAGCCUUUGAUGAGAUCGCGUGGCCCUUCAAGCUCCAACUCAGCACUGAAAAUGUCUGGGAUGUGUUUGUGCUCCUUGCGCUGCUCCGGGACUAUGAUGAACAUACAGUGUGCCUGACUGUGCCACACCAAGGCAUGCAAAAGGAUCAAUUUAAAGCAGCAAUGGAAGAGAGGAACGAGUGCAUUGUGCAUAUUGGGCAACCUGAAAUUAACCAUAUCUGUGAUGGGUGCAUGCGUGUUUAUGAAGUGAAACACUCAGAUGGGAAGAUUUCACAUGAAAAAUGCCAGCCAAUUGUCAGUGACGGAAUUACUCUAGGCCACGCAUGUUGUGGUGUCUUUCGGUGCACACAGCCUCUACAAAAUAACUGUGACCGCUUCUGUGCCGAACAUUGUGGUUUGCAUAACACAUGCGCUAUCACUGGGUGCGAUCACCCAAUCAGAUGUAAUGAUGUGAAGACAUGCGACAAUCGUGACCACCAGCAAAUGGAGCAACUCCACUAUGCAAAAGCAACUUCUGCCUUUGCAUUGUCUGAGCGGCUGCUCUGCUACCGAGUGGCAUAUCCAGAUGAUGCUUUGGGCACAGAAGCUCCAGAUGUGACGACUGCUGACUUGCCAGAUGCAAGUGUGAGCCUGGGUCCAGCAGUGGUUGAAGAGAAUAUCGAGUGGUACACAGUCAAGGACGGUCAAGUGUCUUAUCGGUUUGAGAAGAACCCUGGCUCUGUCGGAGUACUUGAAGAAGGGGACGAGGGACUCGGUGAUAUAGCUCUGACUAGCUCAGAGCCAUGCAAUGCAAAGUCUGAUGCAAGCAAUAGAAAAUUCCGUGCGCAGUUUGGACGACAGAGAACUCAUAAUGAGCAAACUGCUGUUCGCACAUUGACGCUGAAUGGAGCAGAAGCUGUGUCUAAUGUCCUUGACUUUAUAAAGACAAUCUUCUCCGUGCAGGGUGCUCAUAAACCAGAGCAUUUUAUUUACGACACUGCAUGUGAUGCCAAGCAACAAGUGGAUGCCCGAGGGGACAAGUGGUGGGCCGAUGUCAAGAUGUGUGUUGACCUUUUGAAUGCAGAUGGGACGGGUUGGUGGUUCAACAUGUCAGUUGCCAAGCAAAUAAAUGUUUGGCUUGGUAGCUAUCAUGCAAUCUGCAGGGAGAUGCUUCCCACCAAGUAUAAUUUCUUCUUGGAUGAAAUGAUCCGCCUUCAUAAUAUUUUUACUGUUCAAAGCCUUCAGCUUAGGGCCUUAAACCCACAUCCCAGUCAAGCGGAGCAGACAAUGGAGCUGGAUGAGCAGGCGAAAUAG